GAAGAACCCAAAAUUUCGCCGUUGAAAUGGAGAAAGCGACGGAGAAUCCCAAUUCGAAGACGCAACCUCCUCCGAGCCAUCAAAUGGAUGCAGACGAUGACGAUGAGAAUGUGAAACAGCUCAAAGAGUGCUCUUCUCUCUACUUGGCUUUACAGGAUUGUCUCGUUGAUAGCAACAGGGACUGGAAGUCUUGCCAGAAACACGUUCAAGCUUUGAAGGCGUGUCAUGAGAGGAGAACGAAGAAAUGAUAGAGAUGAGGAAAUGUCACCACCUGAUUGGGAAAGUAUUGGUUAGUAGAGAGCAUGUCUUAGUAUCAUCUUAUGUAUACAACUUUGCGAAAUAAGUUUUCUAACGAUUUCUCUUGUUUUGAGGAUCGCAAAAUGGAUAAGCUUUCCUAUAAUGUAGUUCAACAAAAGCUAAUUUCAAUUCAAGCAAUCUGAAUCUUGGGUUUUGUGUUAUGGCUGGAUGAUUUUUUAGUCGUUACAGAGAUGUUUGGUUCUGCUGUCUCUUAAAG